GAAGAGCAGCUGGUGGUGGUCGGUAAAGAGGGCAGGGAGUAGGGCAGGGUCAGCUGCUGCAGGUCAGACUCGUGUUGUCGGCCAUAGCAGCAGCAAUGGCUCUACUCAGCUUGACCCAGCUGCUGGACACCGCCUUUGGGACGUCUGAUGUUGAGGCCGUGAACUUCCGGGCGCUGUGCAACCUGCUGCAGGCCACGCUGGGGCACCUGGGCCUUCAGGACCGCUCCACUCGAAGCUUGGAGCAGCCUGUGGAGCAGGACAGGGCAAUGACCCUGGCCGCAGCGCACCAGGCCCUGCAGCUGGGUGAGCAGCUGCCUGCGAAGGACCCGCUGCAGGACACCACCAGCGGCUCCGAAGCUGAUGUGGCUGCCGACGAGGCGCAGCUGGUGGAGAAGGUGGAAACUGACAAGAGCAGCAGCUCCAAGGACACGUCUGUCUACCAGGAUCUCCUUGAGGAGAUUAGCCAGGUGAAGGAGGUGCAGUCCCACAUGCAAGAAGAAAUCCGCAUGAUGCAGGAGGCGCUUGGCUUGGGGAAUCUCUGGGAUGCUGCUGGCCAGCUGCCAGGCCUCUGCAACCUAAGGACUCUGGCCAGUGAUGUGCAAAUGCUGAAGGAAAGGCUGGGCCUGUACCCAGACCCGGACAAGGUGACCAACAUGGUGCACUGGGACGUCCUGCUGUGGGCAGCAAAGGAGACCAAGGAAGAGAUGGAGGAAGACCCAGAGGAGAACAAGAAGGAGACCAGUCACCACAGCGAUGAUGCAGACAGUGUCUCAGGAUGCACAGGCCACCAGCUUGGGGACACAGCCAGCACAGCCAGAGUCCACGGGCACCCAGACCACCACCCUGGGGAUGCAGCCAGAGCCCACCGUCACUCAGACCACCAUCUCACGGGAGCGGCUCAGCACACCGCUUCACCAGGCAGGCCCCUGGCAGCAGGGACUCUCUUGCCAACAGCCCAGGGAUUCGAGAUCCCGCUCGACAUUGAUCCCAGGGCCACGUCCCACUUGCAAGAGCUGGCCUUGCCCAGCAGUGCCUACCACAAUGCCUACAAUUGCUAUGAGGAGACGGUGGAGACUCUCAAGCAGAUUGGGCAGCUCAGACACCUCUAUGCUGCCCUGAAGGAGCAGGUAGCCCAGCUAGAAGCCACCACAUUGGACCAGACUGGACUGGAGAAGCUGCACCUGCUCCUCCAGGAAGGAGGCCAGGAGAGCGUUGCCAACAUGCUGGGUGACCUCCAGGCCCAGGUGUCAUCCCUGCAGGGCCUGGCCAGUGACCUGCAGGGCUUGUCCAGGGACCUGCAGGGUGUGGCCAGGGACCUGCAGGGCGAGAAGGGAAAGAUCAGAAAGCUGGAGAGUGCCCUUGGCAAACUGGAGGCGGCCAGAGCCAGCUGGCAAACAGACCUCAGCAACCAACUCAGCCUGCCACUGGGGUAAAAGGACAGGA